AUGCGUGCACAUCAGCCGCAACAACGACAACAACAACAACCACAACCACAACUACAACCAAAACUACAACAACUACAACUACAACCACGACUACAACAACUACGACCACAACUACAACCAAAACUACAACAACUACAACCACAACUACAACCACAACAACUACAACCACAACUACAACCACAACUACAACCACAACUACAACAACUACAACCACAACUACAACCACAACUACAACAACUACAACCACAACUACAACCACAACUACAACAACAACCACUACCGAAACAACAACAAGUACAACAACAACUACUACCGAAACAACAACAAGUACAACAACAACCACUACCGAAACAACAACCAGUACAACAACAACAACAACAACUACAACUACAACAACAACUACAACAACAACAACUACAACUACAACAACAACUACUACAACUACAACAACAACUACAACUACUACCAGUAAGUAAUAGAUCACAUAGACAUAUAUUGCUUCAUGCAACAAUUUAA